UCAAGGAGGAAGUUUAUAGCAAGAUGUUAUGGAGCUAUCCUAGACUCUUUUGAUCAAGAGAAGUUGGGAUUUUAAUUAUGCAUUUUGUAAUAAAAUUAGUUAAAUGACCAGUGAUUGAAUACAAAUUCGAAUGGCCAUUAAAAUAGGAACAGAAUAUAGGAUGAAAACAUCAAAAUUAAUCCGGAUACUUUUGUUGAAGUUUAAUUCUGACUUUUAAUUUUCAAGUGACACCUCAACUCUUCCCCGGAUGUCUUCACAUCAUCUCAGAGUGUUAUUGGAUUCUCACUGCUGAGGUUGUUGUAUUUUAAGUUGUGUGAGGCGUCUGAAUGAAAGGAUGGUCACUGGGCUUUGAGAAUCAGUGUGUGUGUGAAUGGAGCUGAGAGAGUGGAGACCCUGAUGUCGGAGCUGCCGCUGCUGGCCUGUGUGCUCCUCUCCUGGAUCAUCACCUGCCAAUCUGGACCAUGGAGACCUUGCACAGAUCUGUUACCAUUGGACCUCCUGUCUCGGGGGCUUCCUGCAGCUGGGAAGGCCCAGGAUGGGAUACGUAUGGUCCAAUCCAGGGGUGUUCGUGGAUUCCAGUUUUCUGGCUCUCCACAGCUUUUCAGCUUCCCUGCAUCUCAGCUCUUUAUUAAUUGUAACUUCUUUCCUGCUGAAUUCUCCAUCAUUGUCACACUGAAAAUCCCUCAAAUGGCUCCUGAGAAGAGUGAAUACAUCUUUUCACUGUUGGAGGGAGAUUCAGAUGAGCUGCUCCUUGGCCUGCGGUUGUCCCAAAACAAGCUCCACUUCCUGCAGAAGGGCCAGGGCAGCAGGAAACGCAUCACUUUUAAGGCAGUCAGUCUGGCUGACAACCGUUGGCACACUUUGGUCUUGGCAGUGACUGAACAGUACACAAUUCUCACUGUAGACUGUGGCAUACCCCUCGAGAUAGUGCUUGAUAGUCCCUUCCCCGAUGAUCUUGAUACAGCUGGCUCAACAUUCUUCAUUGCUAGUAGAAGGAGAUGGAACAGCUUGUUUUCUGGGAUGAUGCGGCAGCUGGUUCUGUUACCUGGUUCAGAUGCUACCUCAAAAAUAUGUCCCUCAUCUGAGCCCCAUCUGUCUGCACUCUCAGUUCCCCAGGCCCUCUUACACCUGCCAAUCAAACCAUUUUCCACUGACCUUCCCUUUUAUUCCUAUGAGGCAGAGGUUCAGGUGACUGCAGGUGUGAGUCCUUCCUGUGGACACUCUGAGGAGGGCCAGCUGUGGUUCAACACCCUGCAAAGAGGACUGUUUCUCUGUGAUGGCAUCAAGUGGCUCACUUUGCUGCAAGUAAAAGAGAGGCUGGACUAUGUGGAGGAUCACCAGGAAUUAUUCACCAACUCUGAGACAUUUGACAUUGAAGUUUUUCAGAUCCCUUCUGUAGGGCUUUUCAUUGCGACCGCCAACCGUGAUUCCAACCUUGGUUCGGGAAUAUACAAAUGGACAGAUGGGAAGUUUGAGCGAUAUCAGAAUAUCAGCACCUAUGAUGCACAGGCAUGGCAAUACUUCACAGUGGGCAAAAAAAAAUUCCUUGCUGUUGCUAACUGCAGAGGUAUGGAUAUUGGGGACCAGGAACAGUCUAUAAUAUAUAAAUGGAGUUCAAGAAAGCUCAAGUUUAUUCAGUAUCAAACUCUAAACACAUUCAGCGCUCGAGAUUGGGAGGCCUUCCACAUUCAAGAUGAAGCUUUCCUUGCUGUAGCCAAUCAUAGGCAAGGGGAGAGGAAUCAUAAUAUUGAUAGUGUAAUCUACAAGUGGAACCCAAUUACCCAGUUUUUUGAGGUCAAUCAGACUAUCCAAACAUCGGGAGCCUAUGACUGGGAGUUCUUCAUGAUCGGCCCAUUUUACUUUCUUGCAGUCGCGAACACCUUUAAUGGAAGGUCGACAGUCAUCGAUUCUACCAUCUAUAUCUGGCUGGGAGGGAUGUUUCAGCCUUAUCAGUCCAUUAAAACAUUUGGGGCGAUAGACUGGGAGAUGUUCCAGAUUGAAAACAGGAUCUUUCUGGCUGUGGCGAACAGUCAGAUGCUCACAGAGGAGGGCAAGAUUCUGUACUCCAUCAACUCCACCAUCUAUGAGCUCAGCAUGACAUCCCAGGCCUUUAUUAAGUUUCAGGAUAUUGAAACUAACAGUGCUCUGGAUUGGGAGUAUUUUACUGUUGGAGAUGACAAGUUCUUGGUGGUGGCCAAUUCCUAUGAUGGAACAUCAUACUCACUUAAUAGUGUUAUAUACAGGUGGCAGGGCUAUGAGGGCUUUGUCCCUGUACACAGACUGAACACCAAUGGCUGUAGAGACUGGGAAUUUUUUAACACAACCGAUGGCUCCUACCUCAUCUACUCUAGUGCCAGAGCUGCUCUCUCUAAAGUCCUUAAAUUAAGGACCAUUUAGUGGCACUCAAUCUGCACAUAUGGACUGUGCAUGGGACAUAUCUAGUGGUAGACUUGUACAUGGGUGAAACAGUAACACCAAACAUCAUUACUGAAAUAAACUGUAUAACAAUUGCACACAUAAAUCAGAUUAUGUAUAAAAAAUACAUUAAAAAAAAUAUCAUCAGAAAUGUACAGAACCUAAAACCUUAUUCAACAUGCACUUGCUAAACAUGCCAUGAAAAUAGCUGAAGAAUAAAAUCCUGGCACUUACAUUCAAUCUUUCAAACAGUCCACUGACCUGUUGAAAGACAAAAGCACCAAGACAAUCAAACAUACAGUAGAUUGCACAUUGAUAACCAAUAUUUGUUGUUGAUUAAGACUUAUGUGCUGUGGAUAUUCUUCUACACUCUGUACAUGAAGGCAGCUAUCUAGUCAAUUAUUUAUGAAUGACUGAAAUUGUUUUUUUGUUUUUUUUAUAAACCAGCAAAGAUACUAUAUUUAACUGUACUGUACUGGAUGUAAGCUACUGAUUUACUAUUGUUCAUGUUGUUAAAUACAUCUUCAUGUAUUUCUUUUUAUUAGAAAAAAUUUAAUACAAUUGAAGUACAUGUUCAGGUAUUUACUAAAUAAAUUAAUCAAAUAUAUAAACAAUAAGAAUUUCAACGAUACACUGACUAUAUCUUUUUAAAUUACAACUAUAACUUAUUUUAGAGCUUAAUUAAGUUGUUGUAUUUAUCUGUCUUGUUCUGGUCCUCUGUAUCACAUGCACAUUAACCCUUAACCAGCUGGGUCAUAUAUGCUACUAUUAGUUCCUAUAUUUGUUAUUGUGUCAUUUACCACUGUUCCAGUUUGGUCAGGUCAUUAAAUUAAACAUUUUUUUUUAUUAUUAUUAUUUUUUUUUAUUCCAUUGGUGGUUUAAGUUUGUUCUGCUUUCGGGGAUGUGGAGU